AACAUUUCAUUUAUAAUUUUAUCUUCUCUUCCUUGUUCCUCCAUUAUUAUUUUUCCCAUACUAAUUAUGGCUGUGAGACACUCUUCUUUUGCUGCUACUCCUCUAAUUUGGAAGAAAUCAUGUUCCAACAAAAGAGAAAAUCGUGCACAAAGAGUAGUGUUGGUGUACUCAUGUGCAAGUGAUCAAAAUAUUUCAAUCAAACCUACUGCUCUUCAGAUCAGAUCAACUUCAACCCCAAAACUUAAGAUAUUUGAAGAUGAGUCAACAGGGAUAGUUUGUUAUAGAGAUGAGAAUGGAGAGAUCACUUGUGAAGGAUAUGAUGAAGGCCCUCGUUACUGCCAACAACUCACCAGAUUUUGUUCUAAUUCAAGAGAUGAAGAAAUCAUAGAGCUCCUGCAAAGAUGCUGGCUUCAUGUAACUGAUUCUGCUGAGUUCAGUUAGGAUCGAUCUCAUCACUUUCAUACUACUGUCAAAUAACACAAUAAAACAGGGAUUACUCGUUCCAGAUACUUGUUCAGUAGUGUAUGCUGCUUAAAGGGCCUUCCUUUUCAUGCUCAAAAUGUAAAAUAGUAUCAAUUAUUAAGUAU